ACCGAAGAAGAAUGGGAGAAGUUGCUCAAAGAAAUGAAAUUGCUCGAAGAGGUCAAGAGAGCGAAACAGGCCAGUUUGAAAUUGGCCCAGACGCGCCUUGACGGUCGCCAGAAUCGGCCCUACUUUGAGAACAAUGAUGAUGCUGUUCAAGCGGGGCUAUUGGAAGAGUUGAGCGGUUUGACAGAUAGCAUUGAUGCUUUGGAUGAGCAAAUUGAAAAGAGUCGGUAUGUAUGA